GAAAAUAUAUCUGGGAAAAUCGCGAAGGACUCUCGCUCUGUUCCAACACUCCCCUUGUGUCAACUGUCAAUUCGCGGUUCAUACUUAUGUUCGUACGCGGAAUAUUUGACAAGCUAGUGACUCCGAUGUUAAAUAUUUGUAAAUCGCGUAUCCGCACUUCGUUUACGCAUACAUGGCAUAGGAGCGUCGUACCGUGUAUUUGAAAGAGUGUUAUAUACGUAAAGCAGUAUAUCUUUCCUUCUAUUAUACAGCAGCCCAGCUACGGCGCAUUUUCCAGUGUUCUUGACUGUCUGCAUCUAUCGACGUACGAGGCAAAUGUCAGCCGUCGACUUUUCGUAAAAAUAUACAAGAUCCGAAAGCUCGUUAGCGAAAUAAUGGAAGCGCAAGUACAGUACAAAGGUACUGCAACUCCGGUCAGAGAUGUCAGCAAGAAUCAGACACCACCUACACUUCUUUCAAGCUUAAGAAGCGUACUUUUUGUAAUUGGAACGGUUCUUGUAGGAUUUGCUGCUGUUUGCAACUCACUUACUUGGCACUUGCAGAGGUUUUGGGGAGCCUCAGGUGAUUUCUGGCAAGCUCAAUGGGACAAAAUCUUGGAUACCAUUGGAGAAGAUCCUGUGAAUUUAUGGGUUUUCGGGUCCAUGGGACUGACGUUGGUGGUCUACUGGCUGGUCGGUGGAAUUUACACCCUUCUAGAUAUCACUAAUCGUCCAGCUGCGUUAAGGCGUUAUAAAAUUCAACCAGGCACCAACGAGCCGGUUGACACCCGAGAACUGUGCAAAGUUAUAGCUCAGGUUCUAUUUAACCAGAUUGUUGUUGGCUUGCCGUUUGCGUAUUUGACCUUCAAGCUAACAAAAUGGCGAGGAUAUCCAGAUAUGAGAGAACUGCCAACCUUCCACUGGGUACUGGCAGAAAUUGCCAUACACAUUUUGUGCGAAGAGAUAGGAUUUUAUUAUUCUCACAGACUACUUCAUAGCCGUUACUUGUACAAGCACAUUCACAAACAACAUCAUCAAUGGACAGCCCCGAUAGCGGUGACUGCUCUUUACUGCCACCCACUGGAGCAUAUUGGGUCUAAUCUAAUUCCACCGUUCUUGGGAGUUUUUAUCGUAGGCUCCCAUGUUGCAACUGCUUGGCUUUGGUUUUCUUUGGCCAUACUGUCAACUCUCAAUGCUCACUCUGGCUACCAUUUACCAUUCUUCCCAUCGCCGGAGGCCCACGAUUUCCACCACUUGAAGUUCAACCAAUGCUUCGGCGUUCUUGGAGUAUUGGAUCGUUUGCAUGGCACAGACACCCAGUUCCGUGAUUCAAGAGCUUACGCUCGACAUGUAAUGAUGCUUAGUCUGACCCCACCACGAGAGGCCUUUCCCGAUCAAGCAAAGUACAAAUCUAAGUAGUUUGUACUGUGUACCACACAAUGUCUCGACUUUGGCAGUGGCGAUUCUGUCAUUACUUUGAUAGAAGGGCAAUUUCAUUGAUUAGAUUUUACCGUUAUAUAUAUAUAUUAUAUUUUUCAAACACAUCUUGUUGUUCACACUUUAUCGAAUGUACUGAUAAGAGUUGGUGACAGGGCCCACAAUUUUGUCUCAUAAUAUUUCGAUUCUCCCUGUUCUUUCCCGGAACACGGGUAAACGUUUCAAUAACACUGACAGAAACCGAAUAAAGCUGAUUUAAAACAAUUGCUUUUGACAACAAGGUAUUGUCGUUUGAAGAAGAUUCAUUGAAAGAAAUUAUACGGAUUUAUAUAUACUCCCUUUAAUGGGAAGAUGAUCUAGCUACGAAUGAAAACUCGUUGGUUCUGAUCAGACUCUAUCCACUUUGUUGCCUUUAGGACAUAUUACCCAUCUAUGCAGCAGCCCGCUGUGCUGUUCUUUCGUUAAACGGAGUAGAGUUGAUAUACUUUAGUUAAAAUAUACAUCUGUCACUAUACUUCUAUAAUGUGAAAUGACGUACCUAUAUAUGCAAUUUAAAAACACAGCGUAUAAAAUAAUUGCAAAAUACGUGUCUGUAAGAUAGUGAAGCACAUGUGAUAUAUACUGUGUACAUAUGUGCGUAUAUACAUGUACUGUGUAUAUACACGUGUGUGUGUGUAUAGAUGAUAAUCCUAUAAUUAAUUUUAUUUUACUCUCAUAAUGAUGCUGAGUGUCUAACUCGCUAUUUAAAUACGCCACAUCGAUUUACUACUCACACGUAAUUCCUUUCACCGCGAUUGUAUUAGUCAAUUAUUGGUAUAGAUAUUAUGCAAAUUAAUCUCAUUAUCAGACUUAUACGAAAAUCUUAUAAUAAUGACGAUGCACAAGAAAAAGAUAUGAUUUAUUCGUGAUUAUGCCUGGCACUGCACAGUUCUAUUCUUCAACACAUCUACCUGUAUGUAUAAUGAUAAUUUUUGAAUGAAAACGAUUUCUAUGAAUUCAUUGUAUUGUCUAAUAUUUGUUCUAAUAAGUAAUGAAUGGAGUAUGGACGGAUCAUGGAACAAUAAGAUUACAUAAUGUAUUGAACUUUGAACGUUAUUGUCCCCUUUACUGCUGUGUACAAACCAUAGGUAGAAACGGCGCUUUUUUUUAUCUUAUAACUAGUAUUAGUUUCAAAAUUAUACAAUUUUCACAAAACGUAAUAGAACUGCAAUGAUAACUUCACUACUCUCAAAAGCAAUGUAAUAUUGCUCCCAAUAG